AUGUCCAACCUUACCCCAUUCCUGCCCUCCCGACCCUCCGGAGUUGUCUUCAUCUCCCUCAACGUCCUCCGCGUGCUUUCGAUCUUGGCCCUUACGUUGGUCUUGUCAGCCAAUAUCGUCACUAUGGCCAAAGAUAUCAAAGCUAUAAAGAACCCUGCACCGGUCAAUGACGACUGGGAUUGCGAGUACUAUGAAUAUUCGACGGUCCCGGACCAGACCGGCGGGCCAUUCUGGAGUGUCCUCCAUCGGAUCUUCAUCACGCUAGAAUGCUUGGUACUGAUCAUGUCGGAAAUGGGUAUCCCCCGGUCGCUAUUCGAGUCAUUCUUGCCCAUACUUGGGCCAGGACACGGUCUCGGCUGUCUUGGAGUCUUUCAAGCUCUUAUCGCCACCCAGAUGCUAUCCCACUAUUGCGAGCUCUUCCCCCAAGCGACCUCCUGGCUCCUCUUCAUCGUCGGCUGCUUCAAUGCCAUCGCUGGGAUCGUGUUCAGGCAGAAAGCAAAGGAGAGGCGGUUGAUCUUUAGCUGGGAGAAUGCGUCUUCCUCAACACCCCAGACUCGAAUGGCAGCCACCGCAUGGGACAUGGUCCAUCCCCCUUCCCCCUCCCACUCCAGAUCCAACGCAAACGCGAAUGCGGGUGGGAAAUACGACAAGAUGACCGACAUCCCCCUCUCCCGCUCGUCGACCGCUCACUCGGCCAAGGAAAGCCCACUUCUUCCGCCUGGCGUGAAUCAGAAAUUGGGCGAGCGGUUUGCGGGGCUGCAGAAGGGAAUAGGGGCGUUUGGGUUUGGGAAGCAGGCUACGGGUGCGGGGGUGAAGAUAAGUAGGCCGAUGGAGACGCUUCCUAGAUACGGGAACUGA